CAACCCGGUUUCCCGACGUAUGAAGAAUACAAACGCAUCGAAGCAGCGUACUUGGCGAACCUAGCUCCGCGCAAGCGUACCAAGGCACUGAUCACGCAGGCGACAUUUGAUCAGAUAUGGGAGGUACUAUGGCACCCAGGCUCGACCCGUGUUGGCACUCCGCAAUUUCGGUUCUGGGUGAGGAAGACGUUCCGAUUGGUGACUGUGCAGGGCGAAGGUGGUCGGGAUAAAGACUUGCCGCCUGUCGUGUUGCAUGACAAUCGGCCAGUAGCGAUCAUGGAACAGAUGUACGAAGUGCUUUGUUAUUGCCAUGGAUUAACAGAGCACGGCGGGAGGGAUAAGACGUGUGCGGCUAUCAGGAGGCACUAUUCGUGGGUGCCGAAAGAGCUCGUCGCGCAGUUCGUCAGGGGAUGUCCGACAUGUUUGGUGAAGAGGGCUGGGAAUUUGGCGUUGGCGGUA